AUGGUGGUUGAUAACUGGACUAAGUCAGCAAUGAGAGACGGCGGAGUUGUGGCGGAGCUACUCCUUAGGCUCAAGGAAGCUCACGUCACGCCGGUAUUUCUCGCAAAUCCAUCCAUGGAGACUCUCCGGUGGGGAAUCCGGCAGCCUCGGUCCCGAUCCACGAGAUACGACGGCGAUUCGACCAAAAUCUCGAGAUGUAGUACCAAUACACCACUCUCGUGGACGGACGGUCCCGGUGGUUCCGCAGAUUGUUACGAGUCCACGAGCCGUCAAAUCAACGAAUCCUUAGCCGUCGGAUCCAAAUCAACGGAGACUGGAUUGGUUGAGUUUAGAGCCAUGUUCAGGGAGAAUGACAAGUUAAAGAGAAUUAAGGUUACGCACCAGAUUCACGAGCAGCCUCAUCAUCAUCAAGACUCUUCAGAGACCAGUUUCCUACUUCCAGAUCUCAAUAUGAUUCCAUCUCAAAAUGAUAACCUUAAUCAUUAUUUUUCUCCACAUGUUGAGACUUUGCGUGGAAGUAUAAAGAUAAGCUGA